AUGAAGCCGCCCGGCAGCAGCUUCCGGCGGCCGCCCCUCGCGGGCUACAGCCUUCCCCGAGCCUCCGGCGGCCCCCACGGCCGCCCCGCCGGCCCGGCACCUGCCCGCACCCUGGCCCGCGCGCCGCCCUGCCGCCUGCUCCUCGUCCUUCUCCUGCUGCCUCCUCUCGCCACCUCGUCCUGGCCCCGCGCCUGGGGGGCUGCUGCACCCAGCGCUCCGCACUGGAAUGAAACUGCAGAAAAAAAUUCGGGAGUCCUGGCAAAUGAAGACAACACAUUGCAACGGAAUAGCAGCAGUAAAAUCAGUUACAGCAAUGCAAUGCAGAAAGAACUCACGCUGCCUUCAAGACUCAUAUAUUACAUCAACCAGGACUCAGAAAGCCCUUAUCAUGUUCUUGACACAAAGGCAAGACACCAGCAAAAACAUAACAAGGCUGUCCAUCUGGCCCAGGCAAGCUUCCAGAUUGAAGCCUUUGGCUCCAAAUUCAUUCUUGACCUCACACUGAACAAUGGUUUGCUGUCUUCUGAUUACGUGGAGAUCCACUACGAAAAUGGGAAGCCACAGCACUCUAAGGGUGGAGAGCACUGUUACUACCACGGCAGCAUCCGAGGUGUCAAGGACUCCAGGGCAGCUCUGUCGACCUGCAAUGGACUUCAUGGUAUGUUUGAAGAUAAUACCUUUGUAUAUAUGAUAGAACCACUGGAGCUGAUUCACGAUGAGAAAAGCACAGGUCGACCACAUAUAAUCCAGAAAACCUUGGCAGGACAAUAUUCUAAGCACAUGAAGAAUCUCAGUAUGGAAAGCAGUGACCAGUGGCCCUUUCUGUCUGAAUUACAAUGGUUGAAAAGGAGAAGGAAGAGAGCAGUGAAUCCAUCUCGCGGUGUGUUUGAAGAAAUGAAAUACUUGGAACUUAUGAUUGUUAAUGAUCACAAAACGUAUAAGAAAUAUCGCUCUUCUCAUGCACACACCAAUAACUUUGCAAAGUCCGUGGUCAACCUUGUGGAUUCUAUUUACAAGGAGCAGCUCAACACCAGGGUUGUCCUGGUGGCUGUAGAGACCUGGACUGAGAAGGAUCAUAUUGACAUCACCACCAACCCUGUGCAGAUGCUCCAUGAGUUCUCCAAAUACCGGCAGCGUAUCAAACAGCAUGCCGAUGCUGUGCACCUCAUCUCGCGUAUGACAUUCCACUAUAAGAGAAGCAGUCUGAGUUACUUCGGAGGUGUCUGUUCUCGCACAAGGGGCGUUGGUGUGAAUGAGUAUGGUCUUCCAAUGGCAGUGGCACAAGUAUUAUCGCAGAGCCUGGCUCAAAACCUUGGAAUCCAAUGGGAACCUUCUAGCAGAAAGCCAAAAUGUGACUGCACAGAAUCCUGGGGUGGCUGUAUCAUGGAGGAAACAGGGGUGUCGCAUUCCCGAAAGUUCUCAAAGUGCAGCAUUUUGGAAUAUAGAGACUUUUUACAGAGAGGGGGUGGAGCCUGUCUUUUCAACAGGCCGACAAAGCUAUUUGAGCCCACAGAAUGUGGAAAUGGGUAUGUGGAGGCUGGAGAGGAAUGUGACUGUGGUUUACACGUGGAAUGCUACGGAUUGUGCUGUAAGAAAUGCUCUCUCUCCAACGGGGCCCACUGCAGUGAUGGGCCAUGCUGUAACAAUACCUCAUGUCUCUUUCAGCCACGAGGGUAUGAAUGUCGGGAUGCUGUGAAUGGGUGUGAUAUUACUGAAUAUUGUACUGGAGACUCUGGCCAGUGCCCACCAAACCUUCAUAAACAAGAUGGAUAUGCAUGCAAUCAAAAUCAGGGCCGCUGUUACAAUGGAGAGUGCAAGACCCGGGACAACCAAUGUCAGCACGUGUGGGGGACAAAGGCUUCCGGGUCUGAUAAGUUCUGUUAUGAGAAGCUGAACACAGAAGGCACUGAGAAGGGAAACUGCGGGAGGGACGGAGACCGAUGGAUCCAGUGCAGCAAACAUGAUGUGUUCUGUGGGUUUUUACUCUGUACCAAUCUUACUCGAGCUCCACGUAUUGGUCAACUCCAGGGUGAGAUCAUCCCAACUUCCUUCUAUCAUCAAGGCCGAGUGAUUGACUGCAGUGGUGCUCAUGUGAUUUUAGAUGAUGAUACAGAUGUGGGCUAUGUAGAAGAUGGAACGCCAUGUGGCCCAUCCAUGAUGUGUUUAGAUCGGAAGUGCCUACAGAUUCAGGCCCUAAAUAUGAGUAGCUGCCCACUUGAUUCCAAGGGUAAAGUCUGUUCAGGCCAUGGGGUGUGUAGUAAUGAAGCCACCUGCAUCUGUGAUUUCACCUGGGCAGGGACAGAUUGCAGCAUCCGGGAUCCAGUUAGGAACCUUCACCCCCCUAAGGAUGAAGGACCCAAGGGUCCUAGUGCCACCAAUCUCAUAAUAGGCUCCAUCGCUGGUGCCAUCCUGGUAGCAGCUAUUGUCCUUGGGGGCACAGGAUGGGGAUUUAAAAAUGUCAAGAAGAGGAGGUUCGAUCCCACUCAGCAAGGCCCCAUCUGAGUCCGUGGCAGCGGGUGAGCGGUGCCUCACACUGUUGGAUUCUGGGUGAGACAUACCCGCUGCACCCUUGCUGGAACUGUUAAGUCUGUAAGCAAGACCGCUGCGUGGUUAAUGACCACAGGACUGAAGUUGGGGGACAGGGAUGGGGUAAAAGGAAACUGUGCUUUGGGGAAAUAAUUUCAAAGAACCCCUCUCACCACCUGUCAAGAAA